AGAAAUUCUUGGACAGCACCCCCUGCCCCAAGCACCAAUAAACACAGACAAGAAAAAGUUUUUAUUUCCUGGUUCAACUUUUUUUUUUUUUUUCCUGGAAUAGAGACUGGAGAAUGGGAAUAAACACGAAUAAAUAACGGCGAGGCCGCGCACGCCGGGAUGCGCUUGGCUGCAGCCGCGAGGCCAUUGUCUCAGCACCCCGAAGUCGGCCCCGGCGUCGUCCGUGGCUCCUUCCCUUCCCCUGGCCUUUUUGGUUUUCCUUUUUAAAAAGACGCCCCCUCCAGACCCCUCGCCGGUGACCUUGGCCGCAUCGGAUGCUCUGAUUCCACGCGGCUCCGUCCGCCUCGCCCCCGCUCCGGCCAGGCCCAUGGCCGCGUCCGAGGACGGGAGCGGCUGCCUCGUGUCGCGGGGCCGCUCGCAGAGUGACCCCAGCGUCCUCACCGACCCUUCAGCCACCUCCUCCGCGGACGCCGGCGAGACCCCAGAUGAGAUGGACCAAACCCCGCCCGCGCGCUCCGAGCAUCUGGUCUCAGGGAUUCGCACUCCCCCCGUGAGGAGGAACGGCAAGCUGGCCACCCUGGGCAGGAUCUUCAAACCCUGGAAAUGGAGGAAAAAGAAGAACGAGAAACUGAAGCAGACAACGUCGGCGCUGGAGAAGAAGAUGGCCGGCAGGCAAGGCCGGGAGGAGCUCAUCAAGAAGGGUCUGCUGGAGAUGAUGGAACAGGAUGCCGAAAGCAAAGUGUGCCACCCUGAUGGAGGCCCCCUGGCCGCACAGAGCGAGCCGAGCAGCCCAGAGCAGGAGACGCUGACCUCAGAGGAAGCCCGGCCAGGAAGCCCUUCGUCCACCAGGACAGACCAGUCUUCCCUGGAUGAGCCGCCGUCCUCAGACACCCAUCCUGACAAUGCAGCCAAGAUGCCGUCAGCGUCCAGAGGCGAAGAAACAGAUGCUGCUGGCAGCCUCCCGCCUACCGCGGAUGAGUCCUCUCAAGCCUUAGCUGGGUCUGACUUCCUGGACAGUCCUCCCAGACCUCUGGAGAGACCCAUGGGCCAGCUCCCCAGCCCCCCACUGCUGCCCACCCCACCGCCUAAGGCAGGCUCCAAAGCCACGAAGAACACCACAGGCCUGCCUGCCCUCUUCCAAGGCUCUGCUGGGAAGAGCACUGAUCCUCCCCUCCGUGGACAGCUUUCCACGCCCACAGGGUCUCCGCAUCUCACCACCGUCCACCGGCCGCUGCCCCCCAGCCGCGUCAUCGAGGAGCUGCACAGGGCGCUGGCCACCAAGCACCGGCAGGACAGUUUUCAAGGAAGGGACGGUAAAGGGUCCCCAAGGAAGCAGGUGGAUGUCCGCCUGUCGAGAACGUCCAGCGUGGAGCGGGGCAAGGUGCGGGAGGAGGCGUGGAGCUUCGACGGGGCCUCAGAGAACAAGCGGACUGCGGCUAAGGAGUCGGAGGAGAACAAGGAGAACUUGGUCCUGAACUCUGAGCUCAAGGAUGACCUGCUUGUGUAUCAGGAUGAAGAGGCCCUGAACGACUCCGUCAUCUCUGGAACGCUGCCGAGGAGAUGCAAGAAGGAGCUGCUGGCCGUGAAGCUGAGGAGUCGGCCCAGCAAGCGGGAAUUGGAGGACCGGAAUAUCUUCCCCAGGAGGACAGAUGAGGAAAGGCGGGAAAUUCGGCAGCAGAUUGAAAUGAAACUGUCCAAACGUCUCAGCCAAAGACCUGCCGUGGAGGAACUGGAGAGAAGAAAUAUCUUGAAACAAAGGAAUGAUCAGACAGAGCAGGAAGAAAGAAGAGAAAUCAAGCAAAGAUUGACAAGAAAGCUUAAUCAGAGACCCACAGUUGAUGAACUAAGAGAUAGAAAAAUCCUGAUAAGAUUCAGUGAUUACGUGGAAGUGGCGAAAGCUCAGGACUAUGACAGACGGGCAGACAAACCCUGGACGAGACUCUCAGCAGCAGACAAGGCUGCAAUUCGUAAAGAACUGAAUGAAUACAAAAGUAAUGAGAUGGAGGUACAUGCUUCCAGCAAGCAUUUGACAAGAUUCCACAGGCCAUAGAGAUUUUCUUCUGAGAAGAAUUUGUGUUUAAUUUUUGAUACCAACACUGAACAUUCACCAGGGACCUUUUCCUGAAGUUCAGCUCCUGAUUACCUGCUGUGUUUGUGAGAGGAGCAGGA